AUGCCACCUCGGCUUUCUGGUCCCGGCUCCUCGUGCAAGGAACAGUCGAAAUCCCAAAGAGGGGGGAAAAAACCCGUGCGAGAGGAGGCUUGGGGCUGCGUGCCCCGCAAGCCGUCCCCGGGGACAGGGGCAUGGGCACGUCAUCCACGUCUUCAGCAGCAUCCCGCCGCGGUGAAGCCGGCGCGGCGAUUUCCAGGAUGUGGGAACAUAGUGACGUUUUCUCAGUUCUUAUUUAUCGCGGUGGAAGGCUUUAUCUUCGAAGCCAACUUUGGGAGGAAGCGGCCGGCCAUACCGAUAAGGUAUUAUCUCAUCAUGGUGGCCAUGUUCUUCACUGUGAGCGUGGUGAAUAACUAUGCCCUGAACUUAAAUAUCGCCAUGCCACUGCACAUGAUCUUCAGAUCAGGCUCUCUCAUAGCAAGCAUGGCUCUAGGUAUCAUCAUUUUGAAAAAAAGAUACAGCGUAUCUAAAUACACAUCCAUAGCCCUGGUGUCCGUGGGAAUCUUUACAUGCACUUUCAUGUCUGCGAAGCAAGUGGCAUCUGACUCCGGCUUAAACGAAGAGGACGGACUCCGUGCUUUCAUGUGGUGGUUGCUAGGUAUUGCUGCACUCACCUUCGCCCUCCUCAUGUCUGCCAGGAUGGGGAUUUUCCAGGAGACACUGUAUAAGCAGUUUGGGAAGCACUCCAAAGAGGCCCUGUUUUACAAUCAUGCUUUACCGCUCCCUGGCUUUCUCCUCCUUGCCCCAAACAUCUACCACCAUGCAGUCCUCUUCAGCCAGUCUGAGCCAUUCCAGGUCCCAGUGAUUGGGCUGACCCUGCCAAUCAUGUGGUUCUACCUCCUCAUGAACGUCAUCACUCAAUAUGUCUGCAUCCGGGGUGUCUUCAUCCUCACCACGGAGUGCACCUCCCUCACCGUCACACUGGUGGUGACACUACGCAAGUUCGUCAGCCUCAUCUUCUCCAUCCUCUACUUCCGCAAUCCCUUCACGGCCUGGCACUGGCUAGGCACCUUCUUCGUCUUCGUGGGGACUCUCAUGUACACAGAGGUGUGGAACAGCCUCGGGCCCCUCCUGGCCUGCUGGAGGAAGAGGCCGAAGCAGGAAUAAUGGCUGGGGACUCUCUGCAGGGACCUUUUUAAUGUUUUAUAGAGCAGAGCAGGAGGGAAUCCCCCAGAGGGGGGUUGUUUUUAUAACACAGGGGAGGUGCUGGCUGUGCCAAGCUCCUGGGAAACGUGGAGCCUCCACCAGGAAUCUACGUGUAAUGGAUCACGGAGGGAGGUUACAGUUAUUUUUGCAAGAUUGCAUUUUUUUUAUGCAACCCUCUUGCCCUCCCCCCCCCCCCCUUUUUUUU